CGCGCCGUUCGGAGCUAUGCCUGUCCCAGACCAGCCUUCAUCAGCCUCAGAGAAGACCAGCUCCUUGAGCCCUGGCCUCACCACCUCCAAUGGGGAUGGCUCGGAGACAGAGACCACCUCUGCUAUCCUCGCCUCGGUCAAAGAACAGGAAUUACAGUUUGAAAGGCUGACCCGAGAGCUAGAGGCAGAACGCCAGAUCGUCGCCAGCCAACUGGAGCGAUGCAAGCUUGGAUCCGAGACGGGCAGCAUGAGCAGCGUCAGUUCAGCAGAAGAGCAGUUUCACUGGCAAUCACAAGAUGGUCAAAAAGAUAUCGAAGAUGAGCUCACAACAGGUCUUGAAUUGGUGGACUCCUGUAUUAGAUCACUGCAGGAAUCAGGAAUACUUGACCCACAAGACUAUUCAACAAGUGAAAGGCCCAGCCUGCUCUCCCAGAGUGCACUCCAGCUCAAUUCCAAACCUGAAGGGUCCUUCCAGUAUCCAGCCAGCUACCAUAGCAACCAGACCUUGGCCCUGGGUGAGACAGCCCCGUCGCAGCUCCCUGCCCGCAGUGCACAAGCCCGAGGUGCAGGCCAGAGUUUCAGCCAGGGCACCACGAGCCGCGCGGGGCACCUGGCGGGGCCCGAGCCCGCGCCGCCGCCGCCGCCGCCGCCGCCGCUGCGGGAGCCGUUCGCGCCCAGCCUGGGCAGCGCCUUCCACCUGCCCGACGCGCCGCCCGCCGCCGCCGCCGCCGCCGCCGCGCUCUACUACUCGAGCUCCACGCUGCCCGCGCCCCCGCGCGGGGGCUCCCCGCUGGCCGCGCCCCAGGGCGGCUCGCCCACCAAGCUGCAGCGCGGAGGCUCGGCCCCCGAGGGCGCCUCCUACGCCGCGCCGCGCGGCUCCUCGCCCAAGCAGUCGCCCAGCCGCCUGGCCAAGUCCUACAGCACCAGCUCGCCCAUCAACAUCGUCGUGUCCUCGGCCGGCCUGUCCCCGAUCCGCGUGACCUCGCCCCCCACCGUGCAGUCCACCCUCUCCUCCUCGCCCAUCCACCAGCUGAGCUCCACCAUCGGCACGUACGCCACCCUGUCGCCCACCAAGCGUCUGGUCCACGCGUCUGAGCCGUACGGCAAGCACACGCAGGAGCUGUAUGCCACGGCCACCCUCCAGAGGCCGGGCAGCCUGGCAGCUGGGUCCCGGGCCUCAUACAGCAGCCAGCACGGCCACCUGGGCCCGGAGCUGCGGGCCCUGCAGUCCCCAGAGCACCACAUAGACCCUAUCUAUGAAGACCGUGUCUAUCAGAAGCCCCCCAUGAGGAGUCUCAGCCAGAGCCAGGGGGACCCUCUGCCGCCAACACACACGGGCACGUACCGCACGAGCACAGCCCCGUCUUCCCCCGGUGUCGACUCCGUCCCCUUGCAGCGCACAGGCAGCCAGCAUGGCCCGCAGAGCGCUGCCGUGGCCACCUUCCAGAGGGCCAGCUACGCCGCCGGCCCAGCCUCCAGCUACGCGGACCCCUACCGGCAGCUGCAGUAUUGUCCUUCCGUUGAGUCUCCGUACAGCAAAUCCGGCCCUGCCCUCCCUCCCGAAGGCACCUUGGCCAGAUCCCCGUCCAUCGAUAGCAUUCAGAAAGAUCCCAGAGAAUUUGGAUGGAGAGACCCGGAACUGCCUGAAGUGAUUCAGAUGUUGCAACAUCAGUUUCCCUCGGUCCAGUCUAAUGCUGCAGCCUAUUUACAGCACCUUUGCUUUGGAGACAAUAAAAUUAAAGCCGAGAUAAGGAGACAAGGAGGUAUUCAGCUCCUGGUGGACCUGCUGGACCAUCGGAUGACGGAAGUCCACCGUAGUGCCUGUGGGGCGUUGAGAAACUUGGUGUAUGGGAAAGCCAACGAUGACAACAAAAUCGCCCUGAAGAACUGUGGCGGCAUCCCGGCACUGGUCAGGUUGCUCCGCAAGACCACCGACUUGGAGAUCCGGGAGCUGGUCACAGGAGUCCUUUGGAACCUUUCAUCUUGCGAUGCACUCAAAAUGCCGAUCAUACAGGACACCCUGGCCGUGUUGACCAAUGCCGUGAUCAUCCCCCACUCAGGCUGGGAAAAUUCACCUCUUCAGGACGAUCGGAAAAUACAGCUGCAUUCCUCACAGGUGCUGCGAAAUGCCACUGGAUGCCUAAGGAAUGUUAGUUCAGCCGGAGAGGAGGCCCGCAGGAGGAUGCGGGAAUGUGAUGGGCUCACGGAUGCGCUGCUCUACGUGAUUCAGUCUGCGCUGGGGAGCAGCGAGAUCGAUAGCAAGACCGUUGAAAACUGUGUGUGCAUUUUAAGGAACCUUUCCUACCGGCUGGCAGCAGAAACGUCUCAGGGACAGCACCUGGGCACAGAUGAGCUGGACGGGCUGCUCUGUGGUGAAGCCAAUGGCAAAGAUGCAGAGAGCUCCGGGUGCUGGGGCAAGAAGAAGAAGAAAAAGAAAUCUCAAGAUCAGUGGGAUGGAGUAGGACCUCUUCCAGACUGUGCAGAACCACCAAAAGGGAUCCAGAUGCUGUGGCACCCAUCCAUAGUCAAACCCUACCUCACACUGCUCUCUGAGUGCUCAAAUGCAGACACGCUGGAAGGGGCAGCAGGCGCCCUGCAGAACUUGGCUGCAGGGAGCUGGAAGUGGUCGGUAUAUAUCCGAGCUGCUGUCCGGAAAGAGAAAGGCCUGCCCAUCCUUGUGGAGCUGCUGCGGAUAGACAAUGACCGAGUGGUGUGCGCAGUGGCCACGGCACUCCGGAACAUGGCCUUGGACGUCAGGAAUAAGGAGCUCAUUGGCAAAUACGCCAUGCGAGACCUGGUCCAUCGGCUUCCAGGCGGGAAUAACAGCAGCAACGCAGCGAGUAAGGCCAUGUCGGAUGACACGGUGACAGCCGUGUGCUGCACCCUGCACGAGGUGAUCACCAAGAACAUGGAGAACGCCAAGGCCUUACGGGACGCCGGCGGCAUUGAGAAGUUGGUCGGCAUCUCCAAAAGCAAAGGAGACAAACACUCUCCGAAGGUAAUCAAGGCCGCGUCUCAGGUUUUGAACAGCAUGUGGCAGUACCGAGAUCUGAGGAGUCUCUACAAAAAGGAUGGAUGGUCACAGUAUCACUUCGUAGCCUCAUCUUCAACCAUCGAGAGGGAUCGGCAAAGACCCUACUCCUCCUCCCGCACGCCCUCCAUCUCCCCUGUGCGCGUGUCUCCCAACAACCGCUCAGCAAGUGCCCCAGCUUCACCUCGGGAAAUGAUCAGCCUCAAAGAAAGAAAAACAGACUAUGAGUCCACUGGCAGCAACGCCACUUACCACGGAACUAAAGGAGAACACACUUCCAGGAAAGACACCAUGACAGCUCAAAGUACUGGAAUUUCAACUUUGUAUAGGAAUUCAUAUGGUGCGCCCGCUGAAGACAUCAAACAUAACCAGGUUUCAGCACAGCCAGUCCCACAGGAGCCCAGCAGAAAAGACUACGAGACCUACCAGCCAUUUCCGAAUUCCACGAGAAACUACGAUGAGUCCUUCUUCGAGGACCAGGUCCACCACCGCCCUCCGGCCAGCGAGUACAUGCACCUGGGACUCAAGUCCACGGGCAACUACGUCGACUUCUACUCCGCUGCCCGUCCCUACAGUGAACUGAACUAUGAAACGAGUCACUACCCCGCGUCCCCCGACUCCUGGGUGUGAGGCAGGCAGCACCGGGAACAGUGCAUGUGCAUGCAGACCACAGACA